CUUUGGAUAUAGUUUUUUGCUAACAUGGCAUGAGCCUAUAAAUGCUUGUAAAUAGGCUCUCCCUAAUCUCAGAUCUCUCAUCUCACUUUUCUUUAAUUUUCCCCCUUCUAUUGCCUCCAUGAGUUGUUUUCCUCUACGCCAAGACAUCUCAGUGUCCUUACCCAAACACCCCUUUUCUUUAUAUUUGCAAUAAACCAUGUGCCUGCCCCUCCUUCUCAUGGGUAUAAAAUCCGAGCAUCUGAUUGUGGGAUUCAUGUAUUCCUCUUCUGCUCCUCCUCCAUUUCAUCAGUUUUCAUCCUUCCUCUUACUUCCGUUGAAAAUAAGGCGACCCUGUUAAUAUUAGCGUCUAUAGAACCAUAGAAAAAGAGGAAAAACUGAAGCGUUUUUUGAGGGUUUUGGUCCCCUUUCUCUCUCUCUAUCAAUACCCUUGUCCGUGAGAUUUCUCUGGGUUUCUGUGCUGGGUUUGAGCUCCUUUGACUUGAAUCGGUGCCCGGAGAGAAGUUAAUUCUUGGAUUUUUGUAGAACGCUUUGGUUGCCCCCGAACGAGUAUCUGGAAUAUUUAUUUAUUUUUCUUCUUUCAUCUGUGAUUGGUGAUUCAUCAGGCGGCGUUUGAGAUAAUUUUUUUCUGCUUUGUAGAUAUAAAUCUUUUUGCAUAUUUCUGGGUUCGAUAUAUAUGGGCUGAUUUUGGGCAUUUCAUGGGAGGUGUAGAGGAUGAUGAACCGCCCUCAAAACGUGUGAAAUUGUCCUCUGGAGAACUGAGGAGCCCUUUGAAGGAAUCGUCUCUAGCGGAGCCCCUUUCCGGCUCUUUCAGAGACUCAAUGGCUCGACCUCUACCUUCCCAAGGGGAUGAACAGAUGGUUGGUUCUAAAGGACUUAUUGAACGAGGGGAAUUUGUUAGGAUUAUAACCAAGGCGUUGUAUUCCUUGGGUUAUGAGAGGAGUGGGGCUCUUCUGGAGGAAGAGUCAGGGAUACCCUUGCACUCCUCCAUGGUAAAUUUGUUUAGGCAGCAGUUACUUGAUGGAAGUUGGGAUGAAAGUGUGGAUACAUUGCAUAAAAUUGGUCUUGCUGAUGAAGGUAUUGUGAAGUCUGCAUCCUUCUUGAUAUUCGAGCAGAAGCUCUUUGAACUUCUGGAUAAGAAAAAAGUAAUGGAUGCUUUGAAGACGUUGAGGAUGGAGAUUGCUCCUCUUGGGAUUAACAAGGAUCGAGUGCACGAGCUUUCUACUUGCAUUGUGUCUCCUUCACAGUCUGUGUUACUUGGAUGCCCCAGUCAAGAGGUUGUGAGUGCAAAAUCACGGAUGAAGCUUCUGGAGAAAUUGCAGAAGUUGCUUCCUCCUACAGUUAUGAUACCAGAACGAAGGUUGGAGCAUCUAAUUGAGCAGGCUCUUAAUGUGCAACGUGAAUCUUGUGUUUUUCACAAUUCCCUAGACAGUGUACUGUCACUAUACUCAGAUCAUCAGUGUGGAAAAGACCAAAUCCCUUCAAGAACCCUACAGGUAUUGCAAGAACACCAAGAUGAGGUCUGGUUUUUGCAGUUUUCACACAAUGGGAAGUACUUAGCCUCAUCAAGUAAUGAUCGUUCAGCAAUCAUAUGGGAGGUCAACGAGGAUGGUGGAGUGUCCUUGAAACACAAAUUAGAGGGCCACCAAAAGCCUGUUCUGACUGUGUCUUGGAGCCCUGAUGACCAGCAACUCCUCACCUGUGGAAUGGAAGAGGUUAUCAAAUGUUGGGAUGUAAGCUCUGGUCAAUGCCUCCGUAUUUAUGAAAAAGCCGGUCAAGGUUUGAUAUCUUGUGGAUGGUCUCCAGAUGGGAAAUGGGUAUUCUCUGGUAUGACUGACAAGAGCAUUUGUAUGUGGGAUUUGGAUGGGAACGAGUUGGAAUGCUGGAAGGGGCAGCGGAUACUGAAGAUUUCAGACAUGGCCAUUACAAAUGAUGGAAAGCAGAUUAUAACCAUGUGCCGAGAAACUGUUAUACUGCUACUUGACAGGGAGGCAAAAGUUGAGAGAUUGAUUGAAGAGUCUCAACCCAUAACUUCGUUCUCAUUAUCGAGAGAUAGUAAGUUCUUGCUGGUUAAUCUUCUAAACCAGGAAAUUCAUCUUUGGAGCAUUGAAGGUGAUCCGAAGCUCAUUGCUAAGUACAAAGGCCAUAAGCGCACCAGAUUUGUUAUUAGGUCUUGCCUUGGUGGAUUUAACCAAACUUUUAUUGCUAGUGGGAGUGAGGAUUCACAGGUCUAUAUAUGGCACAGGGGGACUGCAGAACUUCUGGAGGUUUUACCUGGGCAUUCUGGAACUGUUAAUUGUGUGAGCUGGAAUCCAGCGGACCCCCACAUGUUGGCUUCUGCGAGUGAUGACCGCACAAUUCGUAUAUGGGGUUUAAACAGGGUCAACCUAAAGCGCAAGGACAUUCACUCACACAGCAAUGGUGUCGUUCACCAUUGCAAUGGUGGAAUUUAAAACAUUAAAAGAAACAUUCUGUUAUCAGAUUGUUAAUUUUCUUUCCUUCAAUGUGUUGUAAAUUCUUGUCUUUUCUGUCCUGGCAUUCGUAGCAAACAAGCAUGUUAUUAUGCGGCUUGCUAUCUGCCAAUAAACCAUGUACUGAUAACAAUUUUUUCUUUUCAAAUUUGCUCAAUUUAUUUCUCUAAUUGAAGCA